GUGCCUCGAGUGUUUGUGCCUGUGCGAGUGUUUGUGCCUGUGCGAGUGUUUGUGCCUGUGCAAGUGUUUGCGCCUGUACGAGUGUUUGUUUGCGCCUGUACGAGUGUUUGUUUGUGCCUGUAUGAGUGUGUUCGUGUCUGUGCGAGUGUGUUCGUGUCUGUGCGAGUGUUUGUUUGUGCCUGCGUGAGUGUUUGUUUGUGCCUGCGUGAGUGUUUGUUUGUGCCUGUGCGAGUGUUUGUGCCUGUGCGAGUGUUUAUACUCGCCUAAUCGUGCUUGCGGGGGUUGAGCUCUGGCUCUUUGGUCCCGCCUCUCAACUGUCAAUCAACUGGUGUACAGGUUCCUGAGCCUACUGGGCUCUAUCAUAUCUACACUUGAAACUGUGUAUGGAGUCAGCCUCCACCACAUCACUGCCCAAUGCAUUCCAUUUAUUCCAUUAUUAUUUGUGCCUGUGCGAGUGUUUGUGUCUGAGCGAGUGUUUGUGCCUGUGCAAGUGUUUGUGCCUGUGCGAGUGUUUAUGUCUGUGCAUGUGUUUGUGCGAGUGUUUGUGUCUGUGCGAGUGUUUGUGCCUGUGCGAGUGUUUGUGUCUGUGCGAGUGUUUGUGCCUGUGCAAGUGUUUGUGCAAGUGUUUGUGCCUGUGCGAGUGUUUGUGCCUGUGCGAGCGUUUGUGCCUGUGCGAGCGUUUGUGCCUGUGCGAGCGUUUGUGCCUGUGCGAGCGUUUGUGCCUGUGCGAGCGUUUGUGCCUGUGCGAGCGUUUGUGCCUGUGCAAGUGUUUGUGCCUGUGCAAGUGUUUGUGUCUGUGCGAGUGUUUGUGUCUGUGCAAGUAUUUGUGUCUGAGCGAGUGUUUGUGCCUGUGCAAGUGUUUGUGCCUGUGCGAGUGUUUGUGCCUGUGCGAGUGUUUGUGCCUGUGCGAGUGUUUGUGUCUGUGCGAGUGUUUGUGCCUGUGCGAGUGUUUGUGUCUGUGCGAGUGUUUGUGCCUGUGCGAGUGUUUGUGUCUGUGCGAGUGUUUGUGCCUGUGCGAGUGUUUGUGCCUGUGCGAGUGUUUGUGCCUGUGCGAGUGUUUGUGCCUGUGCGAGUGUUUGUGUCUGUGCGAGUGUUUGUGUCUGUGCAAGUAUUUGUGUCUGAGCGAGUGUUUGUGUCUGUGCGAGUGUUUGUGCCUGUGCGAGUGUUUGUGCCUGUGCGAGUGUUUGUGCCUGUGCGAGUGUUUGUGCCUGUGCGAGUGUUUGUGCCUGUGCAAGUGUUUGUGUCUGUGCGAGUGUUUGUGCCUGUGCGAGUGUUUGUGCCUGUGCGAGUGUUUGUGUCUGUGCGAGUGUUUGUGCCUGUGCGAGUGUUUGUGCCUGUGCGAGCGUUUGUGCCUGUGCGAGCGUUUGUGCCUGUGCGAGCGUUUGUGCCUGUGCGAGCGUUUGUGCCUGUGCGAGUGGGUUUGUGCCUGAGCGAGUGUGUUUGUGCCAGUGCUAGAGUGUUUGUGCCUGUGCAAGAUUGUUUGUGCUUGUGCGAGAGUUUGUUUGUGCAUGUGCAAGUGUUUGUGCCUGAGUGAGUGUUUGUGCCUGAGCGAGAGUGUUUGUUUGUGCAUGUGCAAGUGUUUGUGCCUGAGCGAGAGUGUUUGUGCCUGUGCAAGAUUGUUUGUACUUGUGCGAGAGUUUGUUUGUGUAUGUGCAA